AUGUUUCAUACAUCUUUUAGACCAAUUCAAUCAGUUGGAUUAAGAUUCUUUACUACCAUUAAAUCAUCAGGUGGCAGACUUGAUGGUAAAGUUGCUUUGAUCACUGGUGGUGCAGAUGGUGUUGGAAAGGAAUCAUCAUUAUUGUUUGCCAAAGAAGGUGCCAAAGUAUUGGUUGUAGAUCUUGAUUCCAAUAAAGGAAACAAUGUUGUCUCUCAAAUCAAAUCCAAUGGUGGUCAAGCUUAUUUCUUCCAAGCUGAUGUUAGUAAAGCAGAACAAGUAAAGGCAAUGAUCGAAGUUGCAGAGAAGAACUAUGGCAAAUUGAAUGUGUUGUUCAAUAAUGCCGGUAUUAUGAUUUCUGAGGACGAUGACUCUGUCAAUACCACCGAACAAGUCUGGGAGCAAACCAUGAAUGUAAAUCUUAAGGGUGUAUUUUUGGGUUGCAAGUUUGGUGUACCAGCUCUUUUGAGAGCCGGUGGUGGAAGUAUCAUCAACACUGCUAGUUUCGUCGCUUUGAUGGGUGCCGCCACCCCACAGAUUGCCUAUACCGCUUCGAAGGGUGGUGUAUUGGCCAUGUCCAGAGAGUUGGCAAUUAUUCAUGCACGUCAGAAUAUCCGUGUCAACGCACUCUGUCCAGGUCCAUUGAGAACCGAGCUCUUGGAUAAAUUCUUGUCCACUCCAGAGAAGAGAAAUAGACGUCUCGUUCACUUGCCAAUGGGUAGAUUUGGUUUGGCCGAUGAAGUUGCCAAAGGUGCUUUGUUUUUGGCCAGCGAUGACUCUUCAUAUGUAACUGCCUCUACAUUCUUGGUAGAUGGAGGUUUGACUGCUGCCUAUGUAACUCCAAUCUAA